CGGAAAGUGGUUUAUUUACUUUCAAGGUUACGAUGCCUCACUCGACUCUUACGGAUUGUGACAGAUACGAAGAAGGUGAUUUAUGUACGGAAAAAAAGCAUCUUUGGUCUAGUCUACUCGAAGAGGUUACACACAAGGCUGCAGUGACAUUGUCUCCCUCCAAAACUCUUGUUGUUUUGGGUGAUGACGAGUGUGGGAAAACUACUCUAAUAGCUCGACUUCAAUGUACAGAAGAUCCAAAAAAAGGUUUUGGACUUGAGUACACUCUUUUGGAUAUCAAGGAUGAAGACAGAGAUGAUCAAACGAAGCUGAAUGUGUGGAUUUUGGAUGGCAACACAAUUCAUAGUCAUCUUUUAAAGUUCGCAAUCAGUGAAGAAUCGUUCGGAGACUGCUUCAUCAUGAUAUGUGUGAGCAUGAUGGAACCAUGGAAUAUUAUUAGCAGCUUAAAUAAGUGGGUUGGUAUCUUAAGAGAACAUAUUGGUAAUCUCAAAGUUUCAAAUGAGAAGCUUCAAGAAUACAAGAAAAAUAGUUAGUUUUCCCUAUUCUCUAGAAGUAAUCAUUCUUAGAAAACAGAUUGGCAAGCGUUUUUCUGUCAGCAGUUUUGUAUGGUACCCCGAUUAUUUUGUUUCGAGCAAAAUUAUAGUAGUCCAAAAAAGCCUUUUCAAUAACUGCUGCUUACCCUAAACAGUUUCUACGAUAGGUAUAAAGUGGAUGAUUAUUUUGCGCCAAUUCUGUAGUUAUCUAGAACCUGAUGUACUAUCUAACACUGCUCAUGUCGCGCCCAUGUGUAUCAGUCCAUCUGGCAAUCAUCAACCUAAUGGACUUGUUUCACCGAAAAAGUUAUCGGGAAUACACCCUGCAACUGCUGCUCUUCUCUCAAGCACAUUAAACUCACUAUCCGAAACUGCGUCUCAGCCACCGUCUGUUAUAAAUGUCGAACAAGCAAACAUUUCUAUGGAGACAAACACUGAUGAAAAUGCUCUAAUCAACAAUUUGGGGAUUCCAAUAGUUGUAGUGAUGACAAAGGCUGAUUCUAUGGGGGCUCUGGAAAAAGAAAAUCAGUUCACAGAAGAACACUUUGACUUCAUUCAAAUGCAUGUUCGACGUUUUUGUUUGUCCUAUGGAGCGGCACUGUUUUAUGUGUCAGUAAAGGAGGACAAGAACUGUGAUUUGCUAAAUCGUUAUCUACAAAGUCGUAUCUACGGUUUUCCAUUCAGUCAAACUGCGUAUGUUGUCGAAAGAGACUGUAUUUUCGUUCCAGCCGGAUGGGAUAACCUAAAGAAAAUUGGAAUUCUUGAGGAAAACCUUACUCAAGUUCAACCGCAUAGUCUGUAUUCUGACGUAGUUCCUCCACCACCGUCGAAAAAAGCAGCAGUUCGCGAACCGGAACUAUUUACUCAAGAUGACCAAUCAUUUCUUACUCGCCUCUCGGUCAGUAUGCAAAGAGAUAAUGCUCAAGCAAAUAUUUCAAAUAAUACAAUAUCUGGUAAUUCGGAUUCUGUCAUGGAUCAGCUUGGAACAACUACUGCCUUGAUGAAUACAUCUUCCAAUGUUGGAAGUAGACCAGUUUCUGGAUCUCCUCGUACACCUGGUUCUGCUGGUAGAUCAAAGCCUCCUUCAGCUGUUGGUGGAGCUGCUGGGACAACAGGUGGACCUGGACCAGGGGCUUCUGAAGGUGUAUUAGCCAAUUUUUUCAACAGUCUGCUUAGCAAACGCACACCUGUUGUUGGUGGAGUUGGCGGUAUUGGUACAUCUGCAUCACUGAGUACACAAGGUUCUCUAGAUAGGACGUCGAUCUCACAAAAAGAUAUUCAAUCUGAGCUAAAGAGGUUGGCUCAAAGCUCUCGUGAAGCACUGGAUGUUGGAGACAAUGGUCCUGAACAGUUAUUGGGUGAUGUUCGACAACAAAAACUGGACGAAAUGAAAUCAGUUGUCUCCUCAUCUCCUAAACCGACUAAGACAACAUCUAGCACUAACGAGCAACCAAGUCAAGUUUAGCUAUGCAUUGAUUCUUAUUAUUUCCCAUAUUCUUGGUCUACGGAUUCGGUUAACAAUUCAGAUUAUCUUCAAUACAACGAACUGUAUGCUUUAAUAUAACAUUUUCAUUCUUC